CGGCUAGAGCGUCCUCCCCCAGCGCGCAAGCUCGGCGGUCCGGGCAGCUAGAGUGUCCCUCCCACUGGGAGCCGCGUGUGACCUUCUCGCUUGCGGAGCGAUGCUGCCGGCGGCCGCAAGCCUCCUAUGGGGGCCGUGUCUUAGGCUUCGAGCCGCCGCCCUUCGCCUCGCCAGGCAACAGGUACCUCGUGUCUGCUCCGUGCGCCUGAUGAGAUGCAGCAGCCAUCGAGGGGGGGAGGCCCUUGCUGGUGCCCCCCUGGAUAACACCCCCAAGGAGUACCCCCCCAAGAUCCAGCAGCUGGUCCAGGACAUUGCCAGCCUCACGCUGCUGGAGAUCUCAGACCUCAACGAGCUCCUGAAGAAAACGUUGAAGAUCCAGGAUGUGGGAUUCAUGCCGAUGGGUGGCGUGGUGCCUGGUGCUGCCCCUGCCGCAGCAGCCCCCGAGGCAGCAGAAGAAGACAUCCCCAAACCAAAAGAACGGACGCAUUUCACCGUCCGCCUGACAGAGGCAAAACCUGUGGACAAGGUGAAGCUGAUCAAGGAAAUCAAGAACUUCGUCCAGGGCAUCAACCUCGUCCAGGCAAAGAAGCUGGUGGAAUCCCUGCCUCAGGAAAUCAAAGCCAAUGUGGCCAAGGCCGAGGCCGAGAAGAUCAAGGCAGCCCUAGAGGCGGUGGGCGGCACCGUGGUUCUGGAGUAGCCGCCCAGAGGACUGUGGACAGGCGUCCCGGGCCCCGAGGGGGGCUCUACCUGCUCCUCGUGAAGCACCCAGUCUCAGCGGACAGAGUGGCCUCGGAGCAGAACUGGGCACCCGCACUACAUGGCCAACUGCAUUCUGGGACAGAUGUGGAUGAACCUGCUGAGAUGGAGAGGGAGGGGCAGCCACUGCUCAUGCAGCCCCAGGGAGGACUCUAGAAACUACCAAGAGUGUACAUGCCCCGCUGUGGCUGCUGGGAAAAAUGCAUUGUCCAGGC